AUGAGCUCCACAAACGAUGGACUCGGGUUUUUCCAUUACCCAGAGGUCCGAGAAGGACCAUCCGUGCCGUAUGAGAACGAGACGCAGUCAAUACCCGUCUUCCGGGGCACGCCACUGGCCAUCGGAGCUGCGAUAAUUCACUCGGUCGGCUUCGUCCAGAGCUACUUUUGGCGGAAUGCUGGUUUUGGCGUCAUCCGUGACAUCCGAGAGCUCGACCACUAUACUGCGCGAUAUGAUCCGACUGUGAUCCCGGUGCGCUCGACAGCAGAACCUUCCACCCAGGAGCUGCCGUCUCCCACCCAGAGAAGAAAGGGAAAUUCCGGCUAUUACACUUCCGCAGACUAUCUCGCCCUCUAUAAGUCCGGGGAACUGACGCCUACCGCUGUUGUUGAAGCUCUGCUGCCCUUGAUCCGCCGCGAUGCUAAACCAGCAGGCAAGCAUUCGGUCGCGUUCCUGGAAUCGCAGGCGGAGGUUAUUCGUGCUGCUGCUGAAGCAUCAACACAGAGGUAUCGAAAGGGCGAGACACUAGGCCCGUUUGAUGGGGUUCCUGUUGCGGUCAAGGAUGAACUGCACAUUGAAGGAUAUGCGAGGACGUUGGGAAGUAAAUUGGACUUUAAAGGUGGCAUUGACGGCACCUCCUGGUGUGUCAAGAAAUGGGAGGAAGCUGGAGCCAUUGUGAUUGGCAAGGCAACGAUGCAUGAGCUUGGCUUUGAUACAAACAACAACAACCCCAACUACGGCACACCCAAGAACCCUCACAACCAGAGCUACUACUGCGGUGGCUCUUCGGGAGGCUCCGGAUAUGCUGUUGGAGCAGGACUGACACCCAUCGCACUGGGCGCCGAUGGAGGAGGUUCCAUCCGGAUUCCGUCUUCUUUCUGCGGAAUCUGGGGUUUGAAGCCAUCACACGGCCGUGUAUCUGCCGCACCGACAGUCGGUGUCGCUUCCACAGUCGGUGUCUAUGGCCCCAUGGCAGCAAGCAUUGACGAUCUCGCUAUGGCUUACCGCAUCAUGGCAGCUCCAGCUCCAUCUGUCGACGACCCCAUGUCGGCACUGUUCCCAGACCCCUUAGCUAGCAUUUCCUCUACCGAGCAACGGCCCAAGAACAAAACCAUCGGUAUAGUCAAGGCCUGGAUCGACCGUGCCGAGCCCCCCGUCCGUGCCAUCUUCGACAGGGCCCUCGACUUCUACCGCAAAAAUGGUUACACCGUUAUCGACAUUACCAUCCCCUACCUCCCCGAAGGCCAGCGCGCCCACACCCUCACCAUCAUGGCCGAGAUCUCAUCAGGCGUCUCCCUACGACAGAUCCGCGACUUGACCCCGCCCAACAAAAUUUUCGUCUCGAUGGGCAUGUGGCAGAUUCAAUCCCAGGAUCUCAUCGCCGCCCAGCGCCUCCGCAAUCUCCUCAUGUCGCACCUCGCUUAUCUCUUCCAGAAACACCCAGGUCUCCUAGUCCUCACUCCCUCCACCCCCAUCCCAGGCUGGAAGAUCGAUGGUGGUGAAGCGGACCUCGCUCGCGGCUUGUCAGACGGCAAGUCCUCCGUCCGAAACAUGGAGUAUGUGUGGCUGGCCAACUUCACCGGCUGUCCUGCUAUCAACUGUCCUGCCGGGUACGCUCGUGACGAUGGAAGUCCCGUCCCCGUGGGCCUGAUGGCUAUGGGUGAAUGGGGGUCUGAAGAGGACUUGAUCGCCUUCGCUAGGGAUGGAGAGGCAGUGUUGGAUCUUCCCGAAAACCAGAUCCCGGCUGCUGAUGGUGAGCAGAUCACGGGUUUGAGGAUCCCGCGUGGCAAGGACUCCCUGUGGGAAGAUGUCAUUGCAGAGGCCAAAGGGAAGAGCAGUUCCUGA